GAAAUAUCACAGGGUAACAAGUAAUAUUACGGAAACCUCAGGCCAGCCUUAUCCCUCUGGGCUCUGCGCAACGGUCGUAAGUCUCGCUACUCAGCAAUUUUGCAUGCUCAAAAGUUCGAAUACAAUAUCAAAACCAGCAAUGGUGUACACGCUGUUCACAUCUGUAGCUCAAUCUUCUUUCUCCAGCUUCUCAGACUCAACCAAUCUAACUUCUUCCAGAGCCCAAAUUCCCUCCCUUUUUCUCGACGGCCGCAGAAGCUUCACCGCCGCCUUCUCGCCGCGCCGACCAACCCAGCUUUCAAGGCUCAGAAACGUCAGAAAUCCGCCGUGCAUUUGCUUUUUCAGCGGCGGAGGAAAGCCCAAGGGCGAUUUCCAAGAAAAGGAAAAUGAGUCGCAGUGGCGGAUUUUGAAGCGGUGGGAUGUGCCCUGGGAAUGGCAAACGGCGUCGUUAACAUCGCUUGCUUGUGGACUGAGUUUUGUUUUGACAGGACUGGUAGAGGCAGCAGCUAUACCGUAUUUAGGAAUUCGAAUUCCGGAAUUGAGUCUGGAUGAGAAGGCAGAGAUACUGUUUCUUGAUCAAGGUUUUACAACUGCAGCUGUACUUGCUAUUCUAUAUGCUGUUGCCAGCACUUACCAACCACUGCCUGAAGAUGUUUAUCGCUACGAUUUAAGGGAACCUUUCAAUCUACAGAAGGGAUGGCUAUUGUGGGCAGGGAUUGGUAUUGUUGGUGCCAUAGCUGCUAUUGCAGUGACAGGGGCUGCAUUGUCCUUGUUGAGGGGGGAGAGCCCAGAACGAGAGAAGGACGCUCUAGUUAGCUUGCUUCCACUGAUUGGAUCGUCCGGUAUUAGCACUGCUUGCUUGCUAGGCAUCACUGGAGUUUUGGCCCCAAUUCUUGAAGAAACUGUGUUUCGCGGGUUUUUUAUGGUAUCCAUGACCAAGUGGGUACCUACACCAGUGGCUAUUGUAAUAAGUGCAGCUGUAUUUGCACUUGCACAUCUCACUCCGGGAGAGUUUCCCCAGCUUUUUGUGCUAGGCACUGCUCUGGGAUUGUCAUAUGCUCAAACUCGCAACCUUGUAACCCCCAUCACAAUACAUGCUCUCUGGAACUCAGGAGUGAUCUUGCUUCUGACCUUCCUUCAGCUACAAGGGUACGAUAUCAAGGAACUGUUGCAGACAACCUGAUAGGAUAGUAGUUGAGUAUCUUUUACGUUGAUGGUAAUCGACACAGAGCAACGGGUGCAUAAAAUUACAAGACGGCCUGCAAGGCGUGCUUAAAAGUAGCCAAAAAUCAGGAUAUCUAAUCUUUUGGUGGUUGUUUCAUAUCACUAGGCAUAACUUAAUAUGUAUUAGAGGCAUCAAACCUAAUUUCGACACUAACAGUGGAGACACAGAACGUGCAAACAAUGUAUUGUGGCAUCGCUUUCCUGUA